UGUUGAACUAAGCUUUACAAUAUUUGGCUGUUCUAGAAACAUUUUAUUUAUUUUUCGUCCACAACAAAAUCUUGUACAUAUACAGUUUCAUUUUAGAGGGGGAGCCCAACGAUGGCACAAAUCAUACGCAAUUUUCUGAAUCAGGCAAAAUUUUUACCGUUCUGGGCCAUGAUGGUCAGAAAUAGUGUCGGCGAGUUACAGCCUACUAAGCUGGAACUUUUGCAGGCGGAACGCGACCAGUUGGCAACACGCUGCGGAACUUUGUGGGUACAGCAGCGAAACAUUGAGGUUCAACUCACAGAAUUGACGCGUUGCAUAAAACGUAUAGAGUUCGAUAUCAGACUGCAAGAGAAAUUGAACCCGAAAGUGGAAAACAAGGCCAAGCAAAACGCAAUCGUCUCCAACAAAUAAGCCCCGAGAGCGAAAUGGGACUAGCUAUAUAUUGAGAGCUGCUCGGUACUUUUCUUGAGCUUAUCAACACAAAAAAAUCACACAAAGUGAUUCACAUCUGCGUGCGAACUGCUGUCGCGAGAGGGCUACAAUCUAUAAAAGACUUGAGCAUUGCAUUAUAUUUUAUUAAAUGAAAUAUAAAUCUCAAACCUGGAACAACAUGAA